AUGAAUAUUGCACAUUUGGUGUUCUACGAGGGUCUCAAUCUCAUGAGCAACGCCAUCUUCAGUAAGAAGUUGUUCGAUCCCAACAAUCUAGAGUCUGCAGAAUUGAGGAACUCUUUUGCUGAAUUGGCGAAGUUGGGCGGAAAACCCAACCUGGCCGACUUUUAUCCAUUUUUGAGGUUCCUGGAUCCUCAGGGCGUGAGCCGUGAUAUGGCCGUCAGUCAAAGGAGAUUACAUAAGUGCUUAGAUGUAUUCAUACAAGAUUGGCUGGAGGCGAGGAGGAAAGGCGUGGGUCUUGAACUUUUGUCUGGUGGUAGUGACACUACUGCCGCAACAAUAGAAUGGGCCAUGGUGGAGCUCAUUGCCAAUCCUCAUGUAAUGAAACAAGCACAAAAAGAAUUAGAAGAGAUAAUUGGUUUCAAUCGAAGAGUGGAAGAAUCUGAUAUAGAGCAGAUAACUCAUUGGCGGGAAGCUGGGCUCGACCCAGCCACGCACCCCCCUUCCCUUUCCUUGCGUUUGCUGCAGUCUACCCAGUUUGGGGUUAGCAGCAAGCACUGCUUUCCCCAGACUGAGGAUGCAGCAAGCGCUGCAUUCCCCAGUCUGGGAAAAGCAGCCCUGCUGCCGUGGGUGCUUGGGGGCCCCACGUAG